GUUUGCCCAGCCAAUGGAAAAUUGCCAGCAAGACUUUUCAUUUGAAAGUGUUUAACUCUAUUUAUUAAUCAUUUAUCAAUCUAUUUAAUUAAUUUUUCCUUCUUUCUAAUUGUUUUACUCUACUAAGUAAUUUGUAUCUUUGAUUAUUCAUCAUCAUUCCUGUUAAGCAUGGAGCCUAUUAAGAUUGACAAGUGGGAUUGUAGUGCUUUAAAGAACACCUUGGAUGAUUGUUGUCGUAACAUUUUGAUUGAUAAAUACAAGUACGCUGAAUGCCACAAAUUAAUGGACAUUCGACUAGCCAUUUGUACCGCUGCAGUUGCUUGUGCUGCUUUCGCUCUUGUUUAUGAUUAUUUAUAUGCUUUUCCGGCUUCCAAAUUGGUUCUCAUUACUUGUUCAUCAACAUACUUCAUCCUUAUGGGAGUCCUUACACUAUACACUAAUAUGGUUGAAAAGGGUAUCUUUUUAGUCGCCAAGCAAGUUGAUUCAAGUGGAAAUGAACCUGCGAAGAAAAUUACUGUUUCCUCAUGUUUGAAACGUUUCGAUGAAAAUUAUCAACUCUGUUUCGAGUAUAAUACUGGCAAAAAGGGAGCAAAAACAAAGGAGAAGACAAUCACCAAGUCUGUCGCCAAUUGGUUUGAUGAGGAUGGUCAACUUUUAUACGACAGCUUUAAACAUGAUGUCGUUCAAUUACAUGAUUCAAUUGUGAACAAGAAAGAUCUCUAAAAUUUUAAUUAUCAAUCCAAAUUAAACAGAUAUUUUAAAAAAUACA